UUUAUCUCCUUCCACAUUUGUGACUCAUCACAAACCAUUCCAACUUCUGUUAGGCUCAUUCAACAUAUACAGAGCUUUUAACAUUCCCACAUUUUCACAAUAAAAUAACUAAAUUAAGAAGUAUUUUACAUAUUGACCACCACCAUCCAGUUUUCAUGACCGAUUCAAAACAUUCCAACUGCAAUUUUUUCAACUCAUUCAAGUUCAACAUAUGCAGACCUAUUAAUAACAUUUCCAAAAUUCUGUGACCAAUUCUAACCAUUUCAGCUUCAAACUUGACGCUUGACUUUUUUCUUUUUUGUGACUUUUUUUUUUUUACCGCUUGACUGGGAGCAUUUCCUGCUGACACGCUGCUUAUACAUAGGAAAAGUGGACGUGGCUAAGGACAGUAUACGGACAUUAAGGGGGAAGGGUGCGUGAAGGAGGGCGCUAAAGCCACGCCCCCAGUAGGUAUUAGCGCCGGGGUGUGCAUUGUGCAAAACAACAUUGGUUUGGCUAAGGACCCCCCCCGAAAAUGGCACCGACAAAGAGACACGCUUACGAAGCACAGUUUAAACUGCAAGCUGUCAGUUACGCGGAGGAACAUGGGAAUCGAGCAGCCGCGAGAGAAUUCAAGAUCAACGAAUCCAUGGUUCGCAAGUGGAGGAAGCAGGAAAACGAGCUUCGCCAAGUCAAGAAGACGAAGCUGAGUUUCCGCGGAAACAAGGCGAGGUGGCCCGAGUUGGAAGACCAACUCGAGCAAUGGAUUAAUGAGCAAAGAAUAGCCGGGAGAAGCAUCUCUACAGUCACCAUUCGACUUAGGGCAGUAACGCUUGCAGAAGAAAUGAAAAUCGAACAUUUUCAAGGAGGUCCGUCUUGGUGCUUUCAUUUUAUGAAACGGCGCAAUUUAUCCAUUCGGGCAAGGACUACCGUGGCGCAGCAACUUCCGGCGGAUUACAAGGAAAAGCUGGCGUGGGAGCGAUGGAUGACAGAUGGCGAACACAGCUUUACUAAGACUGGGAGGCAACGCCGGGCGAGUAGCCCCACCAUAUGUGAAUGGAUGCUUGGGCUAACGUGUCUGCUUGCACUGUUGUUCGAGCUUUCGUAAAAGGCGGCAUCAUUUCUGAGAAGCCGCACGGCAACGAGACUGACUCCGACGAGUACGAGAGGGAACCUGGCGUGUUUGAUUGAGAACUUGCCCAGCUGUUCAUUUCGGAUACAGAAGAUGAGGACUUUGAUGGAUUUGUGGAUGAGGAUUGAUCAAAAAAAUAACGCCCAGAGUCCACAGUUCCAGCGGUAUUGACCUUGGUGAGACGCUGCAGGAGGACCUGGGAGCGAGCCCGCCACAUGCUGCGGCGCCAGGGACGGUCCUACAAGACCGCAGCUGACCGCAGGAGCACACCGGCCCCGAACUACAAGGGGGUCAGCGAGUUUGGCUCUCCACCAAGCAUAUUCCACUCCGGGUGGAGUCCCGGAAGCUCGCUCCCAGGUUCGUUGGGCCCUUCCCCAUCACAAAGAUAAUCAACCCUGUCACCGUGAAGCUUAGGCUCCCUAAGUCGAUGCGGGUCCACCCUGCUUUUCACGUCAGCCUGCUCAAGCCCACCCGGGAGUCCCUUCUGAAAUUGAGGGUGUUAUGUGUAAUGUGAUUAGUGGCUAUGCCCCACAGGUAGGAUGUGACCUAGUGGUGAAAGAGAAAUUCUGGAAGGAGCUAGACAAAGUAGUUCUGAGCAUCCCAGACAGAGAGAGAGUCGUAAUUGGUGCAGAUUGUAAUGGACAUGUUGGUGAAGGUAAUAGGGGUGAUGAAGAAGUGAUGGCUAAGUACAGUAUCCAGGAAAUGAACUUGGAGGGACAGAUGGUGAUAGACUUUGCAACAAGGAUGCAAAUGGCUGUAGUCAACACAUUUUUCCAGAAGAGGCACGAACAUAGGGUGACCUACAAGAGCGGAGGUAGAAGCAUGCAGGUGGAUAACAUCUUGUGCAGACGAUGUAAUCUGAAGGAAGUUACCGACUGUAAGGUAACCUCUAAGGUAGGGGAGAGUGUGGCUAGACAGCAUAGGAUGGUGGUGUGUAAGAUGACUCUGGUGGUGGGGAGGAAGAUUAGGAAGACAAAGGCAGAGAAGAGAACCAUGUGGUGGAAGCUGAGACAGGACGAGUGUUCUGCAGCUUUUCGGGAAGAGGUGAAACAGGCUCUCGGUGGACGGGAGGAGCUUCCAGAAGACUGGACCACUGCAGCCAAGGUGAUCAGAGAGGCAGGCAGGAGAGUACUUGGUGUAUCUUCUGGCAGAAAAGGAGAGAAGGAGACUUGGUGGUGGAACCUCAAAGUACAGGAAAUCAUACAAGGAAAAAGGUUAGCUAAGAAGUGGGACACUGAAAGGACCGAGGAGAGGCGAAAAGAAUACAUUGAGAUGCGACACAGGGCAAAGGUAGAGGUGGCAAAGGCCAAACAAGAGGCAUAUGAUGACAUGUAUGGCAGGUUGGACACUAAAAAAGGAGAAAAGGAUCUAUACAGGCUGGCCAGACAGAGGGAUAGAGAUGGGAAGGAUGUGCAGCUGGUUAUGGUGAUUAAGGAUAGAGAUGGAAAUAUGUUGACUGGUGCCAGCAGUGUGCUAGCUAGAUGGGAAGAAUACUUCGAGGAGUUGAUGAAUGAGGAAAAUGAGAGAGAAGGGAGAGUAGAAGAGGCAAGUGUGGUGGACCAGGAAGUGGCAAUGAUUAGUAAGGGGGAAGUUAGAAAGGCAUUAAAGAGGAUGAAAAAUGAAAAGGCAGUUGGUCCUGAUGACAUUCCUUUGGAGGUAUGGAAGCAUCUAGGAGAGGUGGCUGUGGAGUUUUUGACCAGCUUGUUCAAUAGAAUUCUAGUGCGUGAGAAGAGGCUUGAGGAAUGGAGGAAAAGUGUACUGGUACCCAUUUUUAAGAACAAAGGUGAUGUGCAGAGCUGUGGGAACUAUAGAGGAAUAAAGUCGAUGAGCCUCACAAUGAAGUUAUGGGAAAGAGUAGUGGAGGCUCGACUCAGGACAGAAGUGAGUAUUUGCGAGGAACAGUAUGGUUUCAUACCGAGAGAGUACCACAGAUGCAUUAUUUGCCUUGAGGAUGUUGAUGGAAAAGUACAGAGAAGGUCAGAAGGAGCUACCUUGUGUCUUUGUAGAUCUAGAGAAAGCCUAUGACACAGUACACAGAGAGGAACUGUGGUACUGCAUGCGGAAGUCUGGAGUGGCAGAGAAGUAUGUUAGAAUAAUACAGGACAUGUACAAGGGCAGCAGAACAGCGGUGAGGUGUGUUGUUGGUGUGACAGAUGAAUUUAAGGUGGAGGUGGGACUGCAUCAGGGAUCAGCCCCGAGCCCCUUCCUGUUUGUAGUGGUGAUGGAUAGGCAGACAGAUGAGGUUAUACUGGAAUCCCCGUGGACCAUGAUGUUUGCGGAUGACAUUGUGAUCUGCAGUGAAAGCAGGGAGCAGGUGGAGGAACAGUUAGAAAGAUGGAGGCAUGGACUGGAAAGAAGAGGAAUGAAGAUUAGCCGAAGUAAGACAGAAUGUAUGUGCAUGAAUGAGAGGGGUGGUGGGGGAAGUGUGAGGCUACAGGAAGAGAUAGCAAGGGUGGAGGACUUUAAAUACUUGGGGUCAACCGUCCAGAGCAAUGGUGAGUGUGGUCAGGAAGUGAAGAAACGGUUCCAAGCAGCAACGGUUGGAACGGGUGGAGGAAGGUGUCAGGUAUGUUAUGUGACAGAAGAGUCUCUGCUAGGAUGAAGGGCAAAGUUUAUAAAACAGUGGUGAGGCCAGCCAUGAUGUACGGAUUAGAGACAGUGGCACUGAAGAGACAACAGGAAGCAGAGUUGGAGGUGGUGGAAAUGAAGAUGUUGAGGUUUGCUCUCGGAGUGACCAGGUUGGAUAAAAUUAGAAAUGAGCUCAUCAGAGGGACAGCCAAUGUUCGAUGUUUUGGAGACAAAGUUAGAGAGAGCAGACUUCGAUGGUUUGGACACAUCCAGAGGAGAAAUAGUGAGUAUAUUGGUCGGAUGAUGAGGAUGGAGCUGCCAGACAAGAGAGCUAGAGGAAGACCAAAGAGAAGGUUGAUGGAUGUCGUGAGGGAAGACAUGAUGGCAUUUGGUGUUCGAGAGGAGGAUGCAGGAGAUAGGCUUACAUGGAAAAGGAUGACGUGCUGUGGCGACCCCUAACGGGACAUGCCGAAAGGAAAAGAAGAAAGAAGACUGUCAUGGGUGUGUGUUCGGGUUUUUGUCUUCCCCCUGUUUCACACACACCUGCUCCUGAGAGCAUCUUCACCACCUGUGCCUCGUUCACCCUAAUUACCCCUUGCAUUUAACCUUGUGUCUCAUUCUUUCUCGUCGCCAGUUCGUUGUACCUUGUCGUUGCGUUCCAGCAUUCCUUGUCUCCACGUCAAAGACUCACAGUAAGACUAGACCCUGUUCCGAUUAUCGACCUCGCCUUUUUGCCUCAUGUUUUUGGAUACUGUUGCCUUUUUUUGGAUUGCCUGCCUGUGUACCGACCUCUGCCCGUAUAAUAAACCUCUCUUUUUUUGAAACUGUCCAUUUGUUUUGGAGUCAUGCAUUUUUGGGUCCUAUUCUCUGUUCCUUUCAUGACAGAAUCAUGAUAUAGCGGCCUACUUUUCUGGAAAUUCAGAGGUGUGGGUGUCCGCAGGCCAGUGGUCAUCCAUAACCAAGCCAUUGCCCAGUUGCAGUUCUACAAAUAUCUGAGAGGCUUUAUACUGGCACGUCGACAGACUCUGCUUGAGAUUACAGCAACGGUCGCAUUUUUCAAGUCGUCUGAGAAUUCAGUGUUGAUCAAAGAUUUAUGACAGACUUAUGGAGUUCAGUACCAGUGACGGCAAAAUGGGCGAAAAGUGUUACGGAACCAGAAAUGAAAAGAAUAGUGGCGUCCUGGCUGCUUUGAAAAACUCACGCCAAUUCACCUGGUGGGCUCAACCUGGUGGGCUGAACACACAAGGAACCCUUCUGGGCUUGUCUCCAUGGUAACCACAGCAGGGAUAGUGUCCUUGGCAGCGACGAAGGGAUGGAGAGGAGGAGAGGAGAGCGCACAAGCGAGCGAGAGCGAGAAAGAGAGAGUGAAAAGUUCAUGCCCCUCACGCUGUCCAGCUGCCUUGUGUCAACCAUCGAGACCUUCAAGUUCCUGGGAAUUACAGUCUCUCAGGAAGUGGCCGAUCAACAUCAACUCCGUCCUCAAAAAGGCCCAGCAGAGGAUGUACUUCCUGCGGCUUCUGAGGAAGCACAGUCCUGUGGCAGUUCUACACAGCGGUGAUCGAAUCAGUCCUGUGUUCUUCCAUCACCAUCACAGUCUGGUUUGGUGUUGCUACAAAAAAGGAAAAACUACGACUGCAACGGACAAUCAAAACUGCCGAAAAGAUUGUCGGUACCCCCCUACCCACUCUUGACGACUUGCACCCUGCCAGAAUUAAGACAAGAGCGUGCAAAAUCCUCUUGGACCCUCCACAUCCUGGUCACCAGCUCUUCCAGCUCCUUCCCUCAGAAAAACAUUUCCCAAAACAGUUGGUGUCAGAAGUGGGAUCCUAGGAUUGAUCACCGAUCCAGAGGACCCCGGGAGUGAUUGAUCAUCCAGGACCAACGCACGAGUUCGGCCUCCACCCAAAGAAUUAAGGACGGGGGGUGCUGCCGGGUCUCUGGAUGUCGGCUAUCACCUCAGGAUCAGAAAAUUUGUAUUCCUUGAAAAUCAGAGCAUUUCAUAUGGUGUACUGUGUUUGAAACAAUCUUGUCUUUGUAUUAAGUGGUACUGGUAUUGUUGCUCUCCCCACAUUCCAUUGGUUAAAAAGUCUAGUUAAAGUUGAGGUUAAAAAGUAUUUAAAGUCAAGGUUAAAGAGUCUAGUUAAAGUCUAGAUCAAAAAGUCUAGAUAAAAUCUAGGUUAAAGAGUCGAGUUAAAGUCUAGGUCAAAGAGUCGAGUUAAAGUCUAGGUUAGAGAGUCUAGUUAAGUCUCGGUUAAAUCUCUCCUGGUUGGAAUCCGGAGAUUAGGGUUUAAGUUCCCAACAAUUUCGAAGACGUUCGAAUAUUGUAAAAAAGAGAAGCGCUUCUAACAGGUAUUGGAAAAUGGAAAGCGGGAAGAGCAAAAAAAGAGUAUGGCCGAAUUACCAGUGUAUACGUCACCUAUUAUGUUUCGUAUGAGAGAAGAAUAUGGAGAGAAAUCUGUGGAAUGCGUGGAAAUCUAGAUAAAUGAAUGUGGUUUCCCAGCAAAAGGGAGCCUGUGUACACCAACUAAAAAAAAAAAAAAAAGAAAAGAAAAUUGGUUGAGAAAGAACAAAGAAUUAGUCAAGGAUUUGGACCUUUUAGAUAAAACUGUCAAAUGUCUGGAAAUGUGGUUGACUGUUAGAUUUAGAUGCGAACAGGGACAGCUUUCUGACAAAACCAUGUUUAGGGCAAGUUACUGAUAACUGUGGUCUGAUCUGUCCGAAUUGGCCAAGGGGAGUAUUUCAGGUUGUAGCCGUGAGCUGCGUUCCACAGUGGCCUCCACAAAUUGAUCACCCUAUGACAAAGAUCAAGAAGAAUGUAAUCUGGAAAAGACCAACAACACAACCGCCUCCCGCGACCCGCAGCACGGCCCUCCACAUGCAGCACUUCUGCGGUUCCCCCCCUCUUCUCACACAGGCUGCUGCAGCAUCCCAACAAGAGCAGCCGCCUCCCUCCUCCAGACCGUCUGGCCUCAUGGUUAGCAAAGCACCCCUGAAACAGAUUUGAGGAGGUUGAGGCUGGGAGGGGACGUGAACGGUGCAAGAUGCUUUCCUUGUGGAAAGAAGGGACAUUGGAUAUACAUUGGAUCAGAGACUGUGGAAAGGACGAAAGAAAACUCAUGGAGGUGAUCAGUGGUGGGGGACCAAGUUCGUCUGACCUCCGGCUGACUCCCGGCGGCCCCAAAGACAGAGCAGCGAUAUAAAGACACACGCAUCCAACAUUGCUGUUUGUUUUUGUUAUUUUUCUGCAAUGAAGACGCGCUUGGCACUGAUAACACUGCUUCGCUUAGGCUAGUUAUUUAACUUACAGUCACCACCAGACACUCAUAUACACACUUAUGGAGUUAAUGUAUGCAACUAUGAAGUAUAUUUAACAGAUCCCUUUGAAUUAGAACGAUGUCCUCCCACUCUCCAAAACCAGUCCAAAUGGACAGAAUUAGCAUUAUAUUUGGAUCUCUCAGCGCUGUUAAGUUCUUUUGUUUUUGGUUUUUGUUUUGUUGUAUUGUUGUCAUGACAACAAAAGACGAGGGAUGACAAAGACACAUUGAAAAUUGAAGUACCUGAAAUGUAGAAUUAUUACUUGUAAUUGUCUGAGGAUCUAUUCCCCGUGUAGAUGUUUGGUCUGGGACCAAAGGUGAUAGAUUAAAAUGUAAGACGAUUUGUAAUUUUUCAAGGUUUCGAGAAACUAUUCACUAGUGACUAUUUGGUCUGGGAAAAAUACAACCCCCAAUUCCAAUGAAGUUGGAACGUUGUGUUAAACAUAAAUAAAAACAGAAUACAAUGAUUUGCAAAUCAUGUUCACCCUAUAUUUAAUUGAAUACACUACAAAGAUGAGACAUUUCAUGUUCAAACUGAUAAACUUUAUUGUUUUUAGCAAAUAAUCAUUAACUUGGAAGUUUAUGCCAGCAACACGUUCCAAAAAAGCUGGGACAGGGUAAUAAAUGUUUGGGAACCGAGGACACCAAUUGUUGAAGCUUUGUAGGUGGAAUUCUUACCCAUGCUUGCUAGAUGUACAACUUCGGGGUCUCUGUUGUCGUAUUUUACGCUUCAUAAUGCGCCACACAUUUUCAAUGGCAGACAGGUCUGGACUGCAGGCAGGCCAGUCUAGUACCUGCACUCUUUUACUACGAAGCCACGCUGUUGUAACACUUUUUGUGCAUAAACUGAACACGUCUUUUCAGCUUAUGCACAAAAAGGACUUGUGAGUGACUGUGCAGUCUGCUGAUGACUGAUGUGUCGGUGUAUGUAUGUUUAUUUCUGUGUGUGGUGUUUAAGAGACGAGUGCUGGAAUCUUGGCCAAGUGUUUGGUGAAAGUGCGUUGUUUGAUUGAUUACAGGAAGAUCUGUUGUUCACUAUGGAUACUGUAUGGACAACCCCAAUUCCAAUGAAGUUGGGACGUUGUGUUAAACAUAAAUAAAAACAGAAUACAAUGAUUUGCAAAUCAUGUUCAACCUAUAUUUCAUUGAAUACACUACAAAGACAAGAUAUUUAAUGUUCAAACUGAUAAACUUUAUUAUUUUUAGCAAAUAAUCAUUAACUUAGAAUUUUAUGGUUGCAACACGUUCCAAAAAACUGGGACAGGUGGCAAAAAAAGACUGAGAAAGUUGAGGAAUGUUCAUCAAACACCUGUUUGGAACAUCCCACAGGUGAACAGGUUAAUUGGGAACAGGUGGGUGCCAUGAUUGGGUAGAAAAGGAGCUUCCCUGAAUUGCUCAGUCAUUCACAAGCAAAGCAGGGGCGAGGUUCACCUCUUUGUGAACAAGUGCUUGAGAAAAUAGUCGAACAGUUUAAGGACAAUGUUCCUCAACGUACAAUUGCAUGGAAUUUAGGGGUUUCAUCAUCUACGGUCCAUAAUAUCAUCAAAAGGUUCAGAGAAUCUGGAGAAUCACUGCAUGUAAGCGGUAAGGCCGAAAACCAACAUUGAAUGAAAAUUUUAUUUCUAAAUUUCAAACCCCAGACAAAAACGAUCUAAUAACGGUACAGAUGUUACGUUUGGGCAUGACAAUUUAUUGUAGGUCCUUGAUCAGUAAUUAUGCAUAACUGAUUGUGUCAUUGGCAUCCCUUGGACAAAAAUGCUGAGGCAGAUUUUAUCCAACGGAAGAAAGUCCUUCGAUUGCCAGACGACUCAAAACCCUUCACUUGUUAUUUUCAUGACCUCGUGUUGACAAAGACAGGUUUUAUGGGGAAAGGAAAAGUGCCUAGCUGGAGAUUUUAUUCCACCCAAAUUUUUGUAAUGUGUCGAGAACACAUUUUAUGUAUUUACAUUUAGUAAUGUUUUGAUUAGGCGGCACGGUAGCCGACUGGUUAGAGUGUCAGCCUCACAGUUCUGAGGAGCGGGGUUCAAUCCCCGUCCCCGCCUGUGUGGAGUUUGCAUGUGCUCCCCGUGCCUGCGUGGGUUUUCUCCGGGCACUCCGGUUUCCUCCCACAUCCCAAAAACAUGCAUGUUAAUUGAAGACUCUAAAUUGCCCGUUGGUGUGAAUGUGAGUGUGAAUGGUUGUUUGUUUGUAUGUGCCCUGCGAUUGGCUGGCAACCAGUUCAGGGUGUACCCCGCCUCCUGCCCGAUGAUAGCUGGGAUAGGUUCCAGCACGCCCACGACCCGAGUGCGGAGAAGCGGCUCAGAAAAUGGAUGGAUGGAUGGAAUGUUUUGAUUAUCACUCUCUAUGAUAAUCAUAAUAUACAAAUGUUAUAUUAUUAUAAUGCUGAUAAUGGAUAAUGGGUCAGAACAUAUUGAUGCUAUAGUGAUAAUGUAUAUAAGGAAAUAAAGAUUGAUGCACUUAAAAAAUACUGUCUAGCUAUGGUAGGCAUGUUAAUGUAAGAAUUGGAGUAAGUGGUAGUAGCACAAUUAAUCAAAAUUAUUCUCAGAAUAUUAUGACAAUUCUUUGAAAGCUUUCCUCUAACAACAGCUUUCUGACAGAUUUCAAGUGGACCUCAGAACACAUGAUAGCUACCACCCACAAAUGAAUACCGGGAAGUCAAUUAAAUUAGGUAUAUAUGAGGAUGUGUGUGUCCCCUUUCAUUUUUUGAGAUUGUUUUUGCAGACACUCCAUUGGACCGGAUCCAUUCGGGUUUACCUAAGCCAGAACUGCCGAUGGGCAUACAAAUCGUUCAGGUAUUGCACAUUAUUGACGAAUCAAUUUCAGGAAACAAGUCCAAUCAGCACUCCCAAGGCUGGCCAAUGGACCCCUGCAUGACAUCAAACCCGAUGAUUUCGUGCUGAUUAAGAACUUCCGACGGAAAAUGUGGCGACAUCAGCGCUGGCUGGGGCCUUUCCAAGUCCUUCUUGUGACCCACACUGCAGUGGAAUUUGCUGAACGACCUACGUGGGUUCACGCGUCACACUGCAAGACGGUCCAACCCCUCCUAAGGUCCGGACUCCUCCACUUCCUUCACCCUCUAUGACGGAUGAUCGAAAAGGUCACACACUUGCGUAACUUGGCACAGAAGAAAGACGAUGACUAAUACCCUUCCCAACUCUAAUAAUUGUUGUGAUAAAAAUGUGUGUUGAAUUGUGUACUGAUGCUCCCACUUUGACAGUUGACACAAUAUGUACCUUACGAGACGGGACAAUUAUGAGGAGCUUCUUUGGUUGUGAAUUUCAAUCGUCACCUGCUUUAUUGUUAUGUUGUGACUACUAGCUCUGUGUGUGGACUACUUGUUGCAGCUGGACAUAGAUAAUUGUUUUGUUUUCUUUCUCGGUCUCUCUCACUUCGAUAUAACAAGGGGGAUUUUUUUAUCUGAGCUUCAGUAAGGGGUGACAACUCGUAAAACUUGUACCUUUUCCUCUCUUUGCAAAGACUUUUCUUUUUUGUAAUAAAAACCCACAAAGACAA